AUGGUGGUUCCCACCUUAUCGAGACUGAGGCCCACAAGGUUUCUCGACUUUGACAAUUUACCAGACACGAAUUUUUCUUGUGUUGGAAAGGUCAUAGGUGGUUAUUAUGCAGAUCUGGAGACAAACUGUCAAAUGUUCCAUGUUUGUACUAUUGGCCAACUAGAUGAACCAAUGGAUAUUAGAUUCUUGUGCCUGAAUGGAACAGUUUUUGAUCAGGAAACCCGCGUCUGUGAAAGGAUAGACGAGGUUGACUGUACAAAAUCUGAACAAUUUUAUAGUUUAAAUUUAGAAUUAUAUGGACAUAGUCAAUCGUCUAAUUUAGAAGAUAUUCCUGAGACUGAACAACCCCUAAUAAUAAAAUCGACGCCAACCACGACAACGACGACAACAACUCCACCUACAAGAAAGACCACCCGGACACCAUUUUAUACUUCACUAGCUCCUCCAACAGCAACUACACCUCGUACAAACCACCAUCACAUCUCAACGCACCACUUCCCUAUUCUCAACCCGAGCGCCUCGGAUAUACGUUUCAAUCCCGAAGAAAUCAACAUCAGUCUACAUCCAGGCGCACCUCCGGAUAUAAGGACUAAAGGACCUAUAUCUUAUUAUAGUGACAAAAAAGUAACUAAUAGUAAUACUAAUAGUGAUAAACAUUUAGUAGUGACUACGCAUAGUGGGGUGUAUACACACGAGGGUAUUGAAAAUUCGGGCACUAGCACUCAGAAAUCUCAUAGAUACAAUUCCGGGACUUCUAGUGAUUUAAGUGGAUAUGGCUUCACCUACAGGCAUGAGGAUUCUGGGGAAUAUACGGAACCUCCAGAAAGUUACAGGAUUCGUACCGAGUUUAAGCCUAGUCAAGAGUAUGCAGAAAUGGCAGGGUGCAUGAAAGUCGCUCCAAACUCGUUACUCGGGGGUUUUCGGGGAUGCCUAAUUCAAUUCCGGCCUUGGAAUUACCCGGGGGUGUUCGAGGUGGCUCUACCGGGGUGCCCGGGGGCUGAUUCGGGGGCGAAAUUGCAGAGAGUCCAUGGAAAUGGUUCGAAAAUCAUUACUCGGGGGUUUUCGGGGAUGCCAAAUUCAUUUCCAGCGUUAGAUUUCCCGGAGGCGCUCGGGGACCCCGCUGUGGGAAAUGGAAGAGCCAUCCAUGCCACAACAAGAUUUCUCUGGUGGCAGAAAUUGUUCGAAGCAGAAUUACGCAGCCCUCCACAACGAUAUAAAUCAAGUACCUACCGUUCCGAUUAUCCUCCAAGCACUCACAAAGUAAACAACAACUAUCAACAAAAAUCUUCGACGACGAUCAGGAACUAUUUCGUUCACUCGUUAAAACCACCAGCACCCAAUCAGCAAAACCAUUACGGAGAGAUCAGAACCGAAAAAAGUCCUCAGAGAUUGCAGCUUCCCCUUCCUCUUCUGCCAACCUUGCCGGCUCUAACGUUUAGUUCUCCAGCGCCAUUUUCAUUGAAACAGAGGAUAGAACAAAAAAGGUAUACCAAGGAUCAUAUUCCUCCACCAAGAAUCGUCAUAAGCGCUAGUGCUAGCGUCAGCGACGCCAGUGGCAGAAAACUCAACUACUCUUUGGGAACGAUCAGAUCUGCCCAACUAUCCAAACCACCACCAAGCACGUACGACGAAUACAAAGACGAAGACGUAGCUUUAGAUCCCUUCUAUCACGAUGUACCGAAAAUUAAAGGUACUAGAAAGAAGAGAAGCGCAACUGAAGAUAGUUCGAAGCGACAACAAGAAAGAAAAAUAAACUACUCUGACAUAAUUCGAAACGAUGAAGAAGCUUUAAACGUUCUGAAGUUUCUAUUCGAUUGGUACAAACACGAUAAAACUAAUCCUGCUAGAUUUACAACUCCACUCAGCACUGCUUUAGACAACGAAGGUAUUUCUUCAAUUAACCAUGGGCUUGCGCCGGAGACAGAUUCUUCAAAUAUCGAAGAAACAGAAGAUGACAGUUUAAAUUUCAAAUUUGAUAAUAACGAUUCGUUUAAAACAUCAAAUAAAUACAGUACGGUUGGAGAAGAUGAAGGAGUGUCAGUUAAUCAUAAUGUAGAAAGAAUUAAUAAUGUAGAAGAUAAAUACACUAUUACACACGUACCUGAUAACGAAAAAGAUAGUGAAAUAUUUCAACACGAAGAAGAUUACGUUAAUGAUAACUACGAGCCUUUAACGUAUAGAGAACCAGAACGUGCAUACAAAGAUGAACAAGUAAAUGACAAUGAAGGAAAAGAAAAAUAUUGGAGCAAUAAAGAGGAAAGUAAGAAUUAUUCUAUUCAGGAUGAUUAUAUUGAUGAUAACAUUGAACCUAUAUUUUACAAAGAAAGACAAUAUGACCAUUCUGUAAAAAAAAGCAGUAGAAAUUAUAUUGUUCCCAAUUAUCAGAAAGAUCAAUUAAAAACAAAAGAUUACGAUGAUGAAUCCAAUAUUCAUAAAUCUAAACAAAUUCACACUCAAAAAGAGACGCCAUCUGUAAAAAACGAGAGCAAUUUUCAAAAUAUUUUUAAUAUUAACGAUCAUAUUCAUAACAAAAUAGUAAAAACAGAUAAUUUCGCUAAAAAAACUAAUAAUAGCUAUUCUAGUCAAAUAGAAAAUAAAGAGGAAAAAUUAAUUACAGAUCAUCCUGAAGAAGAAAGAAGUACUUACCAACUAUCUCAUGAACGAUUUACAACUUUGCCUACGUAUGAGAUUCAAAACACUUUAACAACUGAAAGAAUAAUUUCACAUUUAACAAAUGUAAGAAGUAACCGAAGAGGAAACAGGAAAUUUACGGAUAAUAUAAAUAAAACAGAAAAAGAAGUUGAUUUUCAUAAACCGGUUGUAGAUAAACUCAUAGAAAAACAUUACAGAGCUAAAGAUGAUUAUGACUUCUUAAGGACUAUUCAUAUUUAUACUCCCACUCCAAGGACAAGUUAUCAAAAUUUGGAAACCGAAAUAUUCCCAUCAACUACAGAAACUGAAUUUAUUCCCACAAUUACAGAAACACCAAUUAUUACAACUAGUCCAGCAAAACCUGUAACACUAAAAACUAUAGUUGAAGUCAUCACUACCAUUAAAGAAGACGAUGAAACUCCAGAUUCUUUGAGUUACACCUUAACCACCGCACCGGUAACCACAACGCAAAAACCUCUACCUAAGACAAGGAGAGGUAAAUUUAAAUUCAAAGACUUUUCUAGCGAAGAAACAAUCUACAUAAGAAAGAAACCACAAGCAAAAUCUAAGGAAACUACUGACGGACACAAUGAAAACCGUGAUGAUGAUAAUAAGGCUCAAUAUCUAGAGCAUCAAGAUCCCCUAAGUAAAGUUCAUUUUAUUGCAAAAGAUAGUCAAGAAAAUAAUUCCAAUCAAUCUCGAGAACAACAAAGCAAUAUUGAUUUUAUUGAGAGUGACAGUCAAGAACCUUUUUCAGAAAUACUGGAAUCAACCACUAAUCAUUAUAAAAGAAUACGAAAUGAAGAUAAUGAAGGUGUUACCUCUUCAGUAGCACUUACAAUAAUUUUGUCUACAACUGAACCUUCAAUUACAACUACACCUUUUGAUACAGAUAAUCACAAUGCUUCACAUAAAACAGCUACCGACAAUCUGCCAGUACAAAAUUCUUAUAUAGAUAUAUAUGCUACCUCCUUUGUACCAACUACAGAAACAAUCCACAUCACAAAGAAGAAACAGUUAAAAGAAAAUUUACUAGACGUGCAAUUUGAUACAACUACUGAGAAUAUUGCUGAAACUACUGAAGAAAUACCCGAUACUACAACCUGGUCAACAAGUGAAUUGAAUAACUUGAUUCAUAAAAUAGAAAGUAAUACAAAUAGUUUAGUUGCUCCAAAAACAUACAAUAAAUUAACUAGCGUAGCAACUACUGAAUCAGAUGAUACUACUGAAACCAUCCUACAUACUACUACUAUACCUAGUUCAACAGAAAAUAAAACUAAUACUUUUAACAUGAGUGGAAUGAAUUUAGUAAGCGUUUCUUUAGAAGAAAAAGAAAAACAUUUCACUAUAGAGUUGGAUAGUACAACAGAAGACAUACCAAUUACUACAGAUGUCUUAGAACUUAACGAAAGUAUUGGUUUUCAAUAUCUAGAUUUUAAAAAAGAAAUGAACGAUUUUAUAACUAAACUGGACAGCUUAAAAUUCGAACACAAAAAUAAGUUUAAAGAAAAAAAUAUUAACUCAAUUGAAGAAGAUACGUUAAUAAAUGAUAUGGAAUAUACUAGUGAGAGUACUGAUGGUACUACUCUAAAUUUAGAAACGACCACUAAUUUUUAUAAAAACACACAAAGUACUACAACUUUUGAACAAACCACUAUUCAACCGACUACUUUAGAAGAAAUAUCAAUUGAUAUAACUCAACCUACAAGUAUCGAAGAAACUACUACUAUGAGAUCUAGAAGAAGAGGUGGCAAACCAACAAGAAGACGAACUAAAUCCUAUCAGCCAGGAUACAGACAUAGAUUUAGUACUGAUUCUUUUACUAGAAGACCUCAACCCCGAAAGCAAACAAUAGAAGAAGAAAUAGUUGACAUAUACAGAAGAGGUAAAGAAUUAACAACUGAAAAUUAUAGGGACAAUAUUGAUAAAAAGGAAUACGUUUUGACUGAUUUUCCUUUAAGAAAAAGUGUAAAUCCUACCCAAGCAGAAAAAACUUUAGUUACGACUCCGUUUUCGCAGCAACGUCCCGUCCCAAGAAGGCAUUUCUUCUUCAAUUGUUUCGGGAAAAAAAUAGAUAAAUUUUACCCUGAUUUAAGGGAUUGUAGGUUGUUCCAUUAUUGUACGCAAGGGUACAGUAAGAACCAGUUGUUGGAUAUGAAAUUCGUUUGUGAUUUCAAUACAUUUUUUGAUGACGAAAAAUUGAUUUGUACAAAGACGAAACCGAAAAGAUGCCUGUAAAUAUUUCCUAGCAUGUUUGUCAAAGAUUUUAUUAAUUUUAUGGUGAUUUAUAUUUGUUUUUGAGUAUGCCGUUGUUUUUGGUCUUUCUGGUAAAUAUCUAUAAACUUAGAACAGAAUCAUUGAAAGCAUCAACGAAACCAUUAGGUACGGAUAAAAAUAAUUAUUUUAUAUUUUGCUCUAAAAUCCUUUUUUGAGAUAUUUAAGACAAAGACUAGAACAUAACAAUGUAUAAUUAUAAUUAUAUCAAAAACUUGGACCAAAAAUUGUAAAUCUAAACAAUAGUAUAUUUAUACACCAAGGGACUGAAGUGGCAUUUUGUAUCCCGGAGAAAAAAAGUUUGUUGAGGGAUAAAAUAACACUCCAGUCCUGUGGUUUAUACGUUAUUUUGAGCACUUUAGGAAAAAAAUAGAGAAUGAAAAUUAUGAAAAACUACUUAACCAUUUAACAAAGCAAUGACGAUGUCAGAGCAAGAUUGUUAUAGUGUUGUCGUAUUUU